GAGCUGCUGGGAGAGCGCGCGGUGGGAUCCUACGGCGGCGGCGGUCGCGGCGGCGGCCCAGAGACGUGAGCGCCGAGACCUCGGCCCGCGGCCUACACGGAGCCCUCUCUCCACCGGAGGACCAGGGAUACGCACUCUUCAACACAGAGAGGAAGUUUAGAACAUAUAUAUCCCCAAAUCCUAUUGGAUUUUGAGAAGAAUUACAUUGAAUGUGUAGAUUGACAUAGGAAGAAUUGACAUUUUUACAGGACUGGAUUUUCCCCUGAAGAAUGUGAGAAAUUGAAACAGAUGGAGUACUAACAAAUUCAGAGUUAAAAGAUUAAGGGCCCUCUGAAGCAUCCCAAGAUGCAGUGAAAAGAACUUCAUUUAGAAUUUGACUUCAGGAAGUAUUAAAGCAAGAAGCCCAUCCAUAGACCUCUGGAACCCACCCCCCAGUUGAACAUCCCCCUACUGGAUCAUGAGCACACCCAAAGGCCCAGGGCCCACCGGAGAGAGCUGACACCCGGGUCCUGUAAUCCUUAUGGGGGACCAACCUUGUACCUCCGGGAGAUCUACGCUCCCGCCUGGAAACACGCGGGAAAUCAAGCCGCCAAAAAAGCGCUGCCUCCUAGCUCCACGGUGGGAUUAUCCAGAAGGAACCCCCAACGGAGGUAGUACCCCUCUCCCUUCCACACCUCCGCCAGCAUCACCGGGCCUGAAGUCGCACGCACCUCCUCCGGAGAAGUAGUACAACAUACUUCUUCCACCCCAAACCAGUCUUUGAGGGAUUGCAGUAUGACUCCAUUUCCUUGGUGCAUUCAUAAAAUAGUUUACUCAGUGAAGACAGUGAAGAUUAUUGACAACGCUACCCUGCUUUUUCUGAUGUCCUGUACCAGGAAGUUGUGAUUUUUAAGUCUCCCUAGGUGUGUAGAGCGAGCAGGAGGGAGCUCCACAGGAAAGCAAACCCGCGUCCCAGGGAUUUCCCACACUCAGAAGUAUCUUAAGGACUCUUAGGAUUGAGGAGUGGCUGUUUCGGACAUUCUUCUACGCCAAGCUGUCCCGCGAAGUAGGCCAACCUUUGAAAUUGGUGAGAGAAACCAAACUCACGGGAAACAGCCCAUGAAAACCAAAGUCACCACCUUCCUGUCAGUCUCCCUAGGUGUGUAGAGCGAGCAGGAGGGAGCUCCACAGGAAAGCAAACCCGCGUCCCAGGGAUUUCCCACACUCAGAAGUAUCUUAAGGACUCUUAGGAUUGAGGAGUGGCUGUUUCGGACAUUCUUCUACGCCAAGCUGUCCCGCGAAGUAGGCCAACCUUUGAAAUUGGUGAGAGAAACCAAACUCACGGGAAACAGCCCAUGAAAACCAAAGUCACCACCUUCCUGUCAGUCUCCCUAGGUGUGUAGAGCGAGCAGGAGGGAGCUCCACAGGAAAGCAAACCCGCGUCCCAGGGAUUUCCCACACUCAGAAGUAUCUUAAGGACUCUUAGGAUUGAGGAGUGGCUGUUUCGGACAUUCUUCUACGCCAAGCUGUCCCGCGAAGUAGGCCAACCUUUGAAAUUGGUGAGAGAAACCAAACUCACGGGAAACAGCCCAUGAAAACCAAAGUCACCACCUUCCUGUCAGUCUCCCUAGGUGUGUAGAGCGAGCAGGAGGGAGCUCCACAGGAAAGCAAACCCGCGUCCCAGGGAUUUCCCACACUCAGAAGUAUCUUAAGGACUCUUAGGAUUGAGGAGUGGCUGUUUCGGACAUUCUUCUACGCCAAGCUGUCCCGCGAAGUAGGCCAACCUUUGAAAUUGGUGAGAGAAACCAAACUCACGGGAAACAGCCCAUGAAAACCAAAGUCACCACCUUCCUGUCAGUCUCCCUAGGUGUGUAGAGCGAGCAGGAGGGAGCUCCACAGGAAAGCAAACCCGCGUCCCAGGGAUUUCCCACACUCAGAAGUAUCUUAAGGACUCUUAGGAUUGAGGAGUGGCUGUUUCGGACAUUCUUCUACGCCAAGCUGUCCCGCGAAGUAGGCCAACCUUUGAAAUUGGUGAGAGAAACCAAACUCACGGGAAACAGCCCAUGAAAACCAAAGUCACCACCUUCCUGUCAGUCUCCCUAGGUGUGUAGAGCGAGCAGGAGGGAGCUCCACAGGAAAGCAAACCCGCGUCCCAGGGAUUUCCCACACUCAGAAGUAUCUUAAGGACUCUUAGGAUUGAGGAGUGGCUGUUUCGGACAUUCUUCUACGCCAAGCUGUCCCGCGAAGUAGGCCAACCUUUGAAAUUGGUGAGAGAAACCAAACUCACGGGAAACAGCCCAUGAAAACCAAAGUCACCACCUUCCUGUCAGUCUCCCUAGGUGUGUAGAGCGAGCAGGAGGGAGCUCCACAGGAAAGCAAACCCGCGUCCCAGGGAUUUCCCACACUCAGAAGUAUCUUAAGGACUCUUAGGAUUGAGGAGUGGCUGUUUCGGACAUUCUUCUACGCCAA